GUUGGACUUCAGCUUUUCUUCUUCUUCGCUUGUGCGCAUAGCCAGGUCAUAGAAUUGAACAACACCAACUUUGAUGAGGAGACUUCCAACCAUUCAGUCGCAUGGUUCAUCAAGUUCUAUGCUCCAUGGUGCGCUCACAGCAACUCGAUGAAGAGCGACUGGAAGGAACUGGCGGAGAAGUACGCGGGCUCGGACAUGAUCAGGAUAGGAGAGGUCGACUGCACGUCGGAGGGCGGCAAGUCCGUCUGCCACCGAGUGGACGUGCACGGGUUCCCCAAUCUCAAGUACAAGCAGGUAGGAGGCUGGUGGGAGACGUACCUGGGAGGAAGAGACUUCGAGACUCUCUCCUCCUUCGUGGAGUCGGACGUGCUGCCGAGGUGCUCGAAAGGGAACGAGCACAAGUGCUCGGCGGAGGAGAAGGAGUUCUUGGAGGGCAUGGAGAAGAUGAGCAAGGCUGAGAGGGAGGAGCUGGAGGGAAGGCUUGAG